UCCUUCCGCCCCCCAGGCUGGGUUACCCCCCCUCUCCCACCCUUGUCCUUGCCCUCGCAACCCAGCCACCUCAGAAGAGAGUCAUGGUGGCUGCUCUGGUAGCAGCGUGGCUGCUUCUAGCGGCUGUGGCGUGCACUCAGAGAGACCAGGACUUCUACGACUUCAAGGUUGUUAACAUCCGGGGCAAGUUGGUGUCGCUAGAGAAGUACCGUGGCUCGGUGUCCCUGGUGGUGAAUGUGGCCAGCGAGUGUGGCUUCACAGACGAGCACUACCGAGCCCUGCAGCAGCUGCAGCGGGACCUGGGGCCCCACCACUUCAAUGUGCUUGCCUUCCCCUGCAACCAGUUUGGCCAACAGGAGCCCGACAGCAACAAGGAGAUCGAGAGUUUUGCCCGCCGCACCUACAGUGUCUCUUUCCCCAUGUUUAGCAAGGUCGCAGUGACUGGCACUGGUGCCCACCCUGUCUUCAAGUACCUGACCGAAACUUCUGGAAAGGAGCCCACUUGGAAUUUCUGGAAGUACCUCGUGGCCCCAGAUGGAAAGGUGGUAGGGGCUUGGGACCCAACUGUAUCGGUGGAGGAGAUCAGACCCCAGAUCACAGCGCUUGUGAGGAAGCUCAUCCUGAAGAAGCGAGAAGACUUAUAACCACUUUCCCUCCUCUCCCACUCUCCCCUUCCUCCCUACCUUGCUUUUUGGUGACCAAAGCAAACUCAAAUGGUGCUUCAAAGGGAGAGACGAUGGCUCUCCUUCAUCCAUAUUUAUCUCACCUAUGCCAUCACUCCUGUGAGGGGGAAAUUCUAGCAUUCUGAUGAUUUGAAUCUUAGAGCAACCUAUAGGAACUGGCCAAUGAGAGCUCUUGACCAGUGAAUCACCAGCCAGUAAGAACUUCUAGCCCAUGAAAACAUGUGGCAAAUAGAACUAUAUCAAGCAACAAUCUCCUACCUAUUAAGAACUCUAUGAAACAGGGCCGAUUCCUACCUCACAGGGCUGUUGUGAGGAUUAAUGAAAGACCUAUGAACGUGCCUAGGACAAUGGCAGCCCAACAGGAGACACCCAAUAAAUGUUCUUUGCAUAUAAACCAAAAAAUAACGUGAUCAAUGAAAACUUGCACCCAACAUGGAUUCCCAACCAAUGAGAAUCCAGGUCAAACAUUUAUUUGUUGUUGUUUUCUAAAGUAUUAUUUUUUUUAAUUACCAAAGGAAUGUAAAUUCAUUGUAAGACAAUGCAGGAUGACAUGAUAAAAUGAAAAUGUACCCCUCAAGCCUUUUUGUAUCGGGCCAAUCAUUAUGACUCACUGAAAUUUCCCUGACCAAAAGUACACUACAAUAAUGAAGAGACAAAAGAUACGAAUAGAUAAUUCACAGAAUAUAGAUGGAUAAUAAGGAUAUGAAAAGAUAGUUACCUUAAUUCAAGUUGGAAAGAUUUUCAAUUUUUUUAUCUUCACCCGAGAACAUUUUUUCAUUGCUUUUAGAGAGAGGAAGCAAGAGAUAGAAAGAUCGAUGAAAGAGAGAAGCACUGAUGGAUUGUCUCUGGAAUGUACUGGACUGGGGAUCUGACGUGCCAGAACUAGGGACCAAACCUGCAACCUAGGUAUGUGCCUUGACCUGGAAUUGAACCUUCAGCCCUUCAGUUACAGGACAGUGCUUCAACCAACAGAGCCACACUGGCCAGGGCACCAAGUUGGAAAGAUUUUAAAAAUGAUAAUACCCAUUGUUGAUAAGGAUGUGGGGAAAUAGGCAUUUGCAUAAACUAUUGUUGGGACAAUAAAAAGGCACAAGUUUUUGGAGGGUGAUUUGGCAAUAUCUUUUAAAACAAAAUGUUCAUACCCUUUGAUCCAUUAUAUAGAAGACCCCCAAACUGUGCAAAUAUAUAUGUGUAUACAAAUAUAUAUGUGUAUACACUGUUCAUAAUAGUGAAAACUGGAUAUAAUCCUUGUGUCCAUCAACAUAAUUUAUUACCAACUUGUGGUCUGGUAAUAAAUUAUGGUACAAAUCCAAAUGAUACACUAAUAUAGUUAUUAAAUUAAUGAAUUAGAUUUCUAUAUGCUAUCACAGAAAGUUGUCCAAAAGUGAAAAAAGGGCAAGCUGUACAACAGAAUGAACCCAUGCACACACACACAAAAUCCAGUAAGAGAAUAAUAUUUUUAUUAAAAAUUUACAAUGUUCCCUGGUUGUUGUGGCUCAGGUGGUUGGAGCAUUGUCCCGAAAACCAAUAGGCCUCAAAUUUGGGUCAGGGCACAUGCCUGGGCUGCAGGUUUAGCCCCCAGUUGAAGUACAUACAAGGCAGCUGAUUGAUAUUUCUCUCUGAUAUCAGUGCAUCUCUCCCUCUCCCCUUCCUUUCCCCCCUCUCUCUCUAAAAUCAAUAAGCAUGUCCUCAGUUGAGGAUAAAAAAAAUUUACAAUGUUAAAUGAGAAGGAGAGAAGGGGGAAGGAAUAUAGACCAAAACAUUCAUGGUGGUUGCGGGUGAGGGCUGGUAACAGGACUCACUCACUUUCUUCAUUAAGUAUUACUGUGAUGUUUGAAUUUUGUAUGUAAAAUGUAUAUUUCACUUCUAUAUAAAUAUUUUUAAAGGCAGCUAGAACCUGAGGUGAUGGGUAAAGUCACUGAUUGAUAAUUCAUUGGCCAGUAAGAAUUUCUUGUCUACUUCUCCCAAGGUCACUCUUCUAGAAGACACAGACACAGAUUCAAGUCCCAGCUGUGCCCUGACUCAGACUGAGCAAACUACCAUAGUUUGCUGUGUAUAAUGCACACCCACGGUUUUGUGUGCAUUAUACACAGGAUUAUGCCCAUGAUAUGUAAUCAUUAUACCCAUGUAUAAUGCACAUCCUUAUUUUUCCCUCAAAAAUCUAGGCAAAAAAUGCACAUUAUACAUGGCAAAAUAGGGGUAUUUCCUGUCUUCUGUCCUCAAUUUUCCCACUGGACCACAAGAGAGUUGAACUCUGCUUAUAGGUCUCAAAGUCUCCCUUAAUGGUCAUCCUCAAAAGCUGCCCAGAGCAAAUGAAGGCUCUCUUUGUGCUGACCACAGCCCUUCUGAGGUGACCUCCAGAGUGCCCUUACACACCUUGCUUCAUGCUCCAGCUUGGUAUAUACUUCGUGUGUGUUUGCAUACAUAUACAUGCAAUGAAACCCAGCUAUCAGGGACAUUUCUGGGAUGGAAAUCCCGAGCCACAUUCUCAGUGGACACAUCUCUGACUUUAUCCUUCUUGACCUCUCAGCCACAUCUGCUAUUGCUGACUACACCCUCUUCCUGACACAUUCUCUUGCCUUAGCUUUCAUGUCACUGUCUUCUCUUGGUUUUCUCCUUUUCUCUGAGUGCUCUUUCCUUCUCAGUGUUGGUUGAUGUUUCUUCCUCUGUCCACUCCUUCCCUAUUGUUCUUCCUUGAGGUUUUAGGCUGGUCCCUCUUGUCACUUUAUACACUCUUCUGCAGCAGCUGUCCCAUUUUUUUUCUCAUGGUUUUGACCUUGGACUCAGAUCUCUACCUUGGACUCAUAUCAACCUGCCUACUGACAUGCCUGAAGAUACCUGAGUUCAACAUACGCAGAACUCACCUGCUCUUGUUCCCACCCAGCCUUUGCAAACCCCCUAAGCCUUUCCCGUCACAUACCACUCUAUUCUCACUGUUUAAGCAACUACCCUCUCUCCUCUCUCUUUAGUACAGUGCCUGAUCCUUAUCAGAGUACAGGUAAUUAGAUGGCAAACAUUUUGAGCAAUAGCUCCAUGCUGUCCCUGGCUACCUCCUAUCUGAAAACCAAAGACAAGCAAACAGUUUCCCCUAGAAGUUUAGAGUCCAGCUGAGAAUUUUAACAUCUCAUUUAGACCUUCAUUCCUUUCAGCAUUAUCAGCUUUCUGCUGUCCUAAUGUGCAAGAGUCCCCUAGGAAAAAUCUCACUUUAAAUCCUUAUCAACUAUUAUCUUAGUCAUUGGUUAACCAGUAAAUACUAACAAAUCAGUUAAUAUUUCAUUUUCUACCAAUACUUUAGUUAUCUUCUAACUCUUUACUUGUAAGCUAAAUACUUUAUUUAUUGGGCUACAUAUUAGCUCUCAGUAAUGUGGAAGAAAAAGGGCAGGUCUUUCUGGGUAGUCAUGCCCCAGGCCUAUAACUUCUUUAGUGAAAGGUUUUUAAGCAAGUUCUGUUCAUUGUUCUUGGGCUGGAGGUUAACACACCUUUGAAACCUGGAAGUAAUACUGCUCAGAGGUGUAAUCACUCUUAAGAAAGCACCUAAUCUAGUAAUCUAAUCCUGCCUUGCUUUCUCCCACCUUCAUGUAAUCUUCCUUAAAUACCUCAUUAAUUCCAAAUGAAUAAAAAAAAUGCAAACUGUUACUCUACAGAGCAUCUGAGAUCUUGGUCCCCCACAUAUUUUGUCAGUUUGGCUCAAAU